CGGAGCCGGUGUUAGCGGCAGCGUGCUGUACCGGUUUCAGAGCGAGCUAACAGCUAACCGGCUGCUUUUCUAGCAUUUUCUGGAAGGAAGCCGCUUAAACUCCGGGUGUUUAGUGAUAAAACUCGCUUUACAGGGUUUAACUUUUAAUAAACCUCUCUUUAUUUCCUUCCAGGACAUUUAAAGUGAAAUAAACAGGUAAAAUGCCCCAGAAGCGGCGCUCUCAGUCCUGGGCUGAGCUGAAACAGGCCGGGAAUGAGUGCUUUAAGGCCGGGCAGUACGGAGAGGCUGUGUCGCUGUACAGUCAGGCCAUCAGCGCGCUGGAGAAAUCAGGUCAGAAGAAACCGGAGGAUCUGGGUAUUUUAUAUUCUAAUCGAGCUGCCAGUUAUUUAAAGGAUGGAAAUUGCAAUGAAUGCAUUAAGGACUGCACAGUGUCUCUGGAUCUCGUCCCGUUUGGGAUUAAAUCUUUGCUUCGUCGUGCUGCAGCUUAUGAGGCCGUGGAGAGAUACAGACAAGCUUACGUGGAUUAUAAAACCGUGUUACAGAUAGACUGCAACUUACCUGCAGCUCACGAUGGAACCAACAGAAUGUCCAAGGCUCUGACAGACAUGGACGGUCCUUCCUGGCGAGAGAAGCUUCCUCCGAUCCCCACGGUUCCUCUCGCAGUGAAGGAGAAACUACUGCAGGCUACGAGUCCCACAACCCCCACAACCCCCACAGCACAGCAGAAUGGCGUAGUGGAGAACAGCAAACAAAGCAGUAAAAAGGAUGGAGAUGUUAAAAAGGCCAGAAUUCUGAAGGAGGAAGGUAAUUCUUUGGUGAAGAAAGGAGAGCACAAGAAGGCCAUUGAGAAAUACACACAGUCUCUCAGUCAGGACCCGACAGAAGUCACAACAUAUACAAACAGGGCUCUGUGCUACCUGUCUCUAAAGCUGUACCGGGACGCUGUGCGGGACUGUGAAGAGGCUCUGAGACUCGACUCUGUUAAUAUUAAAGCUCUGUACAGGCGCGCACAGGCUUAUAAAGAGCUGAAAGAUAAGAAAGCCUGUGUGCAGGAUCUCAACAGCUUGCUGAAGAUCGAGCCAAAGAACACAGCGGCGCAGAAGCUCCUGCAGGAAGUCCAGAAGAUGAAAUAACCUGAUCUUUAUUCUGAGGAUCCCACAGACAUGAGGAAUGCAGUCCCUCCAGUGCCUCUAUUAAAACCUGCCUUUUAGAACUGCGUCACCCCAUCAGACCUUCAGCACCGCACGCUUGUGUUUCACGGAGAUGAUGGAUUGAUCGAUUGAUUGGUUAAUUGAUUUUGUUUAGUUAAGCAGGCGUAUAAUAUCUCUUAUAAUACCAUCAGCCAAAUAUCAUCAGUUUCCUCACUUUUACAUAUUUCCCAUCCGUCCUCAUUCAUUUACUGCAUUUUAAUCCUGGAAACAAAAGUAGCAAAAGUUAAUCUGCACCUGCUUUGAUUGAUUUGUAGUUCAUUGAUCAUCAAGGAAUGCAAAGUAAAAUCUGGACUUUUCUUUAUUGUGUUGUAUUGAUUGAUUGAUCUUGGUCUGGUCAGUCCUCGGAUAUCUGCACUGUCUCGGUUCUCUAAUAGUAGCUAAAGUAAGGGUUUGUUAUGCAAUUUAAGCAAUUAAUGUACUGUCCUUCAAUAAGAAAUAAAACUGCACUGCUGUGUUUUACUUUUAUCAGGGUAAAGUGACUAAAAAACGUUGUUUACUUUGUUUAAGAGGUUGUUCUUGCUUACAGUUAACUUAUCCGUAAAGUAUCUGUGCCUCAUUGAUAAACUACAAACUCAGAAAACUUCAGAACUUAUCGUUUUAGUUGUGUGUGUGUGUGCAAGUAAAAGCAGAAUUUACUCAUACAAAGGAAAGAUGUUCACUGCUGAUGAUGAUGUUAUAAUAACUACGUAACUACAGGAUGAGUAAAUGCAGAUGUUUUGGUUUUGUACAGAAAGCAAUGGAUUGAACCAAACGUCAGCUCCAGUCGUUAUAAGUGAUUUUGUAAGAAACGUUGGUGUUUAUUCUAAUCAUUCUGGAACUGCCCCUCUUCUACAUGUUAACGUUCGACAACUACAAUAAAGAAAAAGCUUUUAAA